UACUCAUCAAUACAAUUGCAGUAUUGAAUGGUAUAUUAACAUCAAUAGAGCUCUUUUUUUAAAAGCUGAUAUGACUUUCUGGGGGCAGAGUGAGCAGACAUACUUCAGUUCUAUAACUCUAUAAUUGAUUUUGGUGACAUGCCAGCUCCUAAUGCAGUUCUUGGUUUUAUUUACAGCAUCGAGAUGGCCCAGGAGACAAAUCAGACCCCAGGGCCCAUGCUCUGUAGUACAGGAUGUGGAUUUUAUGGAAAUCCUAGGACAAAUGGGAUGUGUUCUGUUUGCUACAAAGAGCAUCUUCAGCGACAGCAGAACAGUGGUGUGUGGAUGUUAGCCCAAGGGGGAGGGGCCAGUGGUUCAAACAGUCCUACCUCAGACUCCACAUCUGUACAAAGAGCAGAUACUAGCUUAAACAACUGUGAAGGUGCUGCUGGCAGCACAUCUGAAAAGUCAAGAAAUGUGCCUGUUGCCGCUUUGCCUGUAACGCAGCAAAUGACAGAAAUGAGCAUUUCGAGAGAGGAAAAAGUAACACCGAAAACAGAGACUGAGCCAGGUAUGUUUGCAGAGUAAUGCUGGGUAUAACUGGUGACUUAACAGAAACUGUUAGUUUAACUUCUUUAGGUAGGCCUCUCCCUUUGUGGUGGUGGUCCCGAGGAACUGUUAAGAUACUGUUAUGGAUGCUUUUUGAGUAUUGCUACCCUUGAGGUAAAGAAAAAUGUCUAGUUCCAGAAUAUGGAUUUUAGAUACAAUUCAGUUCCAGAUUCAGUUCAAAUUCAGUAGAGAAUUUGAUGCCUGUGAAGGCACUUUUGGCUCCAAGACCUUAUUUUUUGCAAGCAAGAC